AUGUCGUCGUCUUCGUCGACCGUGGUCUAUGAGGGGUGGAUGGUCCGGCAUGGCCGCCGCAAGAUCGGCCGCUCCUUUAUCCACACGCGCUACUUUGUGCUGGAGACCCAGCUUCUCUCGUAUUUCAAGCGCAAGCCUCAGCACAAGAUGCCCAAGCUCCCCAUCAAGUCCCUCCACAUCGAUGGCAACUGCAGGGUCGAGGACAGGGGCCUCAAGAUGCACCAUGGCCAUAUGCUUUAUGUCUUAAGUGUCUACAACAAAAGGGAGAAGCACCAUCGCAUCACGAUGGCGGCAUUCAAUAUCCAGGAGGCUCUAAUCUGGAAGGAGAAAAUUGAGAUGGUCAUCGAUCAGCAACAAGGUGUAGUGUCGCCCGAUGGUAAUACAGCCUUUAGCUCAUCGCAGCAAAAUGCUGGUGUAGAAAAUGGAAGGAAAUCUUCUUCCUCUGAUCGUGACAGUCAGUAUAGUCAUGAAGAGGAAGAAGAGGAGGAGGACAAUCACCGAUCAUUGAUGCGAAGAACAACAAUUGGGAAUGGUCCUCCGGAAUCAUUGCAUGAUUGGACUCGUGGAAACGAUACAGGAAUAUCUGAUCAGGGAAGCCCUGCCCAAGUUUUCUCUAGAGGACACUGGCGCCUUGUCAGAUGCCAGAAUGGUCUCCGCAUUUUUGAGGAGCUCCAGGAUGUUGAUUACCUUGCAAGGAGCUGUAGCAGAGCAAUGAAGGCUGUUGGAGUUGUUGAGGCUUCGUGUGAGGCUAUAUUUCAGCUUGUGAUGAGCAUGGACACCACCCGCUUUGAGUGGGACUGCAGUUUCCAGUAUGGCAGUCUAGUGGAGGAGGUCGAUGGCCACACAGCAAUACUGUACCAUAGGCUACAACUGGAUUGGUUUUCAGCAUUUACUUGGCCUCGUGAUCUUUGUUAUGUACGAUAUUGGCGGCGUAAUGACGAUGGAAGUUAUGUUGUGCUAUUUCAAUCAAGAGAGCACCCAAACUGUGGUCCACAACCAGGAUUUGUUAGGGCACACAUUGAGAGUGGUGGUUUCAACAUUUCUCCACUGAAAUCCCGUAAUGGGAGAGUCCGAACACAAGUACAGCAUCUUAUGCAGAUUGAUUUGAAGGGUUGGGGGGUUGGCUACUUACCUUCAUUUCAACAACAUAGCCUCCUUCAUAUGUUGAACAGCGUUGCCGGGCUCAGGGAAUGGUUUUCACAAAGUGAUGAAAGUCAAAUACUUCCUAGGAUUCCUGUUAUGGACAAUAUGGCCCUAUCGGUUUCUUCUAAGAAAGGCACAAAAACACAGGAUAAUACUGUGCAAACCAGCCUUCCGGCGGAUGAAAGUAGACAUUCAACGGUUGAGGAGGAGUCUGACGAAGAUGAAGAAUUCCAGUUACCUGAAUCUGAGCUAGAGCCAUCAACUCGUGAGCUCGAUGCAGAUGGUAAACUACUAGGGUUGGAUGAGGAAGAUUCAGGUGAGAUUGAUUUUUCUGGAUUUUCUGGAAAUUUACGCCGGGAUGACCGUGAUAACAGUCGUGAUUGUUGGAGAAUAUCUGAUGGAAAUAACUUCAGAGUGCGAAGCAAGAACUUCAUAUAUGAUAAAAGCAAGGUUCCUGCUGGAAAGCCUCUUAUGGAGCUUGUUGCUGUUGACUGGUUUAAAGACGUGAAACGAAUGGAUCAUGUUGCUAAAAGAAAAGGAUGCGCUGUUCAAGUUGCUGCCGAGAAGGGUCUUUUUUCAUUGGCAAUAAAUCUACAAGGAACCAAGGGUUCGGCUUAUUGCAUAUAUUCUUGCCUAAAUGCUGUCAGAUGGAUUAAGUUUGAUAUAGUAUGCCAUAUAAUAGAGGUUCCUGGCACAACUAACUAUAGUAUGGUUUUCUACUUUGUAUCAAAGAAACUGAUACCGAACUCCUUGUUGCAACGUUUUGUUGAUGGCGAUGAUGAAUUCCGCAAUAGUAGGUUCAAGCUGAUCCCAUCUGUACCGAAGGGCUCAUGGAUUGUCCGCCAAAGUGUUGGCAGCACACCGUGUCUCCUGGGCAAAGCAGUUGACAUCACCUAUAUCCGUGGUGCAAAUUAUUUGGAAAUAGAUGUGGACAUAGGUUCGUCUACGGUGGCAAAUGGAGUCUUGGGGCUUGUGUGUGGCGUGAUCACGACGCUAGUUGUGGACAUGGCUUUUCUUGUCCAGGGCCACACAUACGAGGAGCUCCCGGAACGACUGAUCGGUGCCGUUCGGAUGUCGCACAUAGAACUAUCAUCUGCGAUUGUUCCUGUGCUUGAGGAUUAA